ACCAAUCAAAGUUAUAACAUCUCAAACCUUAAAAGGGAGAUCAGAUCCUGAACACAAAAAUGAGCGCAGCUUUUCCCCUUCUUCUCCAUUCUCUCCUCACACUCUCAUCUUCUUCGUUGCUGCUUCUACCUAAACCAAAUACGACUCACACUCACACUCACACAAGCCUUGAGAACCAGCUGAAAUUUACAACUCAGAACCCCAGGGCUUAAAAAAUCAGAAAAGCUCCAAAAAGAAGAGGGACAACCUUCACCGCUAACCCAGCUUGGAGCCGUCGUUUCUCCCUUCCCCAAGACCACCAGCCGCAUCUCUUCACCGUUCCCACCUCUGCCAAAAGAGAAGUAAGAGCGAGGGUUCACAAAAGAAAGGGUUCUGCUUCUUGUUUCCGUUUUUUCAGAUCUUAGUAUAGUUUAAAUUUCAAAAAAAACAAACAAACAAACAAAAAUAUUUCUUCUAUCCAAUUCGAAUUUCCAUUUUUAAAGAGAGAGUUUGAUUGAAGUCUGAGUUCGUGUUCGGAUUCAAAAUUCCGGUGCCGAUUCGAGUUUCCAUCCGAGGUUCGUGGUUUCGAUUUGGCCUGCUGUUUCUGCUCGAUAACACUGCUGUUUUCAGUUGGAGUUUUGGAACAAAACAUUGUAUCUGCUGAUUCUUCUAUUGUUAUUAAAAGAACUUCGAAUAAACAGCAGGACUAUUUUACGGCAUCUCUCCUUCUCUCGCGCAUAGCUCUACAGAGGUAGAACGGAAUUAGGAAGAAAAGAUGCUCUCAGUGUUCAGCGUGGGAACUCAGCUUCAACCAAGAGUAAUAGGCAUUCGCAGAAGCCAAGGUCUAUUGGGUGUAGAAGUAUAUUCUGCAGAUAGGACACGGUUGAGGACUUCUGCUAGGAACAGAUUUAUCUGCACCUUGAAUCAGUCAGCAGGGGUCUCGGCUCAAACAGAGCAAAUAGAAAGUAGGACUUUAGUCAAAAUGUGUGGAAUUACAUCAGCUAGAGAUGCUGCUCUUGCAGCAGAAGCUGGAGCCAAUUUUAUUGGUAUGAUCAUAUGGCCUAACUCAAAACGUUCUAUUUCACUAUCUACUGCAAAGGAGAUUUCCAAGGUUGCACGGGAAUAUGGAGCUGAGCCAGUGGGGGUGUUUGUAGACGAUAAUGCUGACACAAUACUAAAAGCCUCUGAUGCAGCAGACCUUGAGUUUGUGCAGCUUCAUGGAAAUGGUUCUCGAGAUGCUUUUCCAGUUUUGGUCAGGGAAAAACGUGUAAUAUACGUACUUCAUGCAAAUGAAGAGGGAGGCCUUUUGAACUAUAUUUCUGAUGAGGAGUCUUCUCUGGUUGAUUGGGUUCUAGUGGAUAGUGCAAAAGGUGGCAGUGGCAAAGGAUUCAACUGGGCUCAGUUUAAGCUGCCGCGCAUUAGAAGCAAACAUGGGUGGCUCUUGGCAGGAGGAAUUAACCCGGAGAAUGUUUGUGAAGCUGUUUCUGCACUUAAACCCAAUGGAGUGGAUGUGAGUAGUGGCAUAUGUGGACAGGACGGCAUCCAAAAGGAUGAGUCACGGAUACUAUCGUUCAUGAACGCAGUGAAAUCUGUACGGUUGUAGCAAAUAUUGAGGCAAAUUCCCCAGCGUAGUUUCUUAAAUCAACUGCAAUGUUCCUCUUGUAAUUUAUUGCACUAAUUAUUCUCAUGUAUUACUAGAAAAACACCAAUUUCUUUGUAGGAGAAGAAACUUCCCUUGUGUAGUUCAAUUGAUGGGCUAUAAGCGUGACUGAAGAUGGAUUGACGACAACUAAUAAAGUAAAAUUCUAUUGCACAUUGUUGGAUUGAAAAUGA